GUUCAUCAGCAUUUAGUUUGGUAAUCUAUAGAAAUCGUUGGAGAAUGUCGUAUUUUCGAAAUUUGCUGGACUCGCAGAAUGGCUGGACCCGACUUAAUCGGAAUAUCAAUGAAAUGAGGGGACUAACUAGCUGCUUUUAUUUCUUCAGCCUGAAAGCGGGCUGUAAGUUGAUAGCCGUUUUCGAGGCCUUGGUAAAUGUACUGCAAAUGUGCAGUAUUUAUAUGGCCCAAGUGGAGGUGAAGACCACAACGACGGAUUCUCCGGAUUUCCUGAUGGUCACAAGGGAACCAGAUGGGGAUAUGCUCGGGUCAAACACUGUGAUGCCUAUUUUUGAAGCCAAUCUAUAUUUCGACAAGGCUUUAAGUUCUCUGAUGGUUUUAAAGUCCUUACUGCUCUUUAUAGGAGCCGAAUGGGGUAACAUAUCCUGCCUAGUUCUUUGGCUUUGCAUUACUGUUAUAACAAUGAUGAUUGGCACUUUCAUUGAUAUUAUGAAUGAUUGCGAUUUGCUGAAAAUAUUCACGCGCACUAUAUCAAUUUUUUUCAAAAUCUAUUUCUGCGCAGUGGUUGCCUCCUUAGUUUUGAAAAUGCAGAACAGACUUCGCCGUAAUAAUCAGGAAACGGAAGUGGAAGUGCUUUUCACACAAGGCGAGGAAUAAUUCCAAGACAAUUUAAUUACGCCCCACAUUUAUAUUUUAAGUACAUCAAGCUUAUACUUAUAUUUUAAAAGCAACUACACAUAAGGAUUAUAAAGAAAAUACACUCGAAUAUGUUUUUGGCCAUUUU